UGCUUUGCGUUUCCAACAUGGCGCCUCCCAUAUCUGCUUGACUUAUGUCAACAAGACCGAAACGCCGCUGAAGGUAAACGGGGGCUUUAUAAGGACACUAACUAAUAAUACAUCGACAGGGACGAUGAAAGUGUUGUUGGCUGUGUUAAAGCAAAUCCACAAGCCAGCUCUUUGCACCGGUAACCCGCGCUGUCUGAGCUCCGGGGCCACCAGUGGCCUGUUACCUCUCGGGGAUGAAGCUCCAAUGGUGGGCUCCAGCCCGGAGCUGGUGCAGAAGCUGCGCUCGCAGGUGGAGGUGAGGACGGACUUCAUCACUGAGGCAGAAGAGGCUGCUUUUCUGCGGGAGCUGGACCCAGGCCUGAAGAAGAAACGCUACGAAUUUGAUCACUGGGACGAUGCAAUCCACGGGUACAGAGAGACUGAGCGUCUGAGGUGGGGCGCGGCAUGUGAGGAGAUCUUGAAUCGGGUCCGAUCUACAGCAUUUCCUGAAUGUAGCCAGCUCCUCGGCCCUGUGCACGUUAUAGAUUUGGACAAGACUGGCUACAUCAAGCCCCACAUCGACAGUGUCAAGUUCUGUGGAAGCACCAUUGCAGGGUUGAGUCUGUUGUCUGACAGUAUUAUGCGCUUAGUGAAGGAGGACACACCCAGUGAAUGGCUGGAUCUGCUGCUUUCCCGACGCUCCCUCUACAUACUGAGGGACCAGGCCAGAUAUAAGUUCACUCAUGAGAUCCUGAAAAAUGAGGAGUCUGUGUUCAACGGGCAGAGAGUGCCUCGACAGCGACGCAUUUCUGUCAUCUGUCGUAACCUUCCAGGAUAAGCUCCAGCUCUAAUAACAGCAGCAGAUCAUCAAGUCCAACUUUGAGGUUUCUGCCAGUGAUACUCAUGGAGAUAUCAAGGCUAAGAUCUUUCAAGUUUAUUAGCGACUAUAAAUGUGUGUGUUUAGAAUGUUUAUUGGACGUGACGCUCUUCUGGUCAUGCUGUUGAAAAAGACUAUAAAUUGAUUCAAUUUAAAUGGCAUUCUUCUAAAUUUGCACUGGAUCUUACCAAAGACGUCGGAUUUAAACGUAUCUGAAUGUUGUUUUCGGUUCACCUUUAAAAUGUUGUUUCAGAUUUGUGUAUUUAUACAAUAAUUUCAUCACUUUGUUGCGCUUUUCUAAUUCUGUAUAAUACAGUCUCUUUGUGAAACAUUUCCAAUGUACCUUAGCAAAUAAAAUUAUGAUCUUGAAUGUUUAAAAA